AUGCGAUACAAUGGCAUCAUUGAGACCGAAGGAAAGAAAAUAAAUGAGAAAUUUCCAUGCAUUGUAAUUGACGGAUUGAGUGAGUUUUCGUAUACGUUCUGCGUGAACUUCGAUUGCUCAUUGCCAUGCAAACAGCAAGGCCGCAGUCGUGAAUGCAACUACGGCGCGGUUGAAGUAAGAAGCUGUAAAGAUGCACCGGUCGACCUUGUGAUUGUAAUGGAUGAAUCGGGUAGUAUUGGAUACCAAAACUAUGAGACCGCACUGGAUGCCGUAGCCGGCCUCACGGAAAGACUUCACAUUGGUACUACGCAACAAGAUAGCCGUGUAGGAAUGGUGUUGUUCGAUCAACUGGGAUAUGUCAAUUUUGGUUUGGACAAAUAUACAACGAACUCAGACGUAGCAUCCGAAAUUCGCAAAUCAACCUACAGUGCAGGUGGAACGGACAUCGCGGCUGGAAUGCACACCGCUUUAACAGAAGUUUUCGCGAAAGUGCCAAACCGUGAUGUGAGGAAGGUGAUGAUUGUGAUAACCGAUGGGGAAGAUAGCUCCGAUGUUGCCGCAGAGCGUGCAAUAGCCGAAAAGAAUGAUAUCAUUACAUAUGCAAUUGGAAUAGGCGAAGGGAUCAACUCUGCUGAGUUGGUUAGAGCAGCUGGUGAUCCAAAACGUGUCUACACCUUUGCCAACUACGACGCUUUAGCUGGUGCGAUCGAUCAACUAUGCACCAGUAUAGUUAUAACGCCAGCACCAAGAGGAUGCAAAUGCAAUACUACUGACACGUGGCUUGACCUUAUCUUCGUAAUUGAUUCAUCAAAGGCUGUCAAUAAACAAGACUUCAUGGCGGUCAGAAACCUCGCUGCUGCAUUCAUUCAGUCAAUUCCGGUCAGUCAAGAAAUCGGAAAAUUCUCUAGAGUUGGUAUCAUCAAUAUGGGUGAUCAGGCACAAGUUGUGGGAGAGUUGACAUCGUACAACACAACUGAUCAGGCAGCGAAUGCAAUGCGAAAUAUGCCGUACCUGAACAGCAACCAAGCGAACCUUCGCGAUGCGCUGAAUAAAGCAACUAAUAUGUUGGAUAGUGAUCACGAUCACCGUAAGAAUGUUCAGAAUGUUGUCGUGCUCUUCUCAAGCGUUAAUGAGCCUUGUGAUUAUCAAGGAUAUAGAAAACUACGUAUGAAAGUGGUUGAUCACAAUCCAUGCCGCAUUGCCGCACACCUACGUGAAAACAACAAUAUUAUUCUAACGGUUGGUCUCAAAUACGAUGGUACAGAAAAGUAUCCAGUGCUGAACGUUGGAAGUGAUUGCUACAAACUGAAUUUCGAUGAACACUUUCCGGAGAACUUCACGAAUGCUAUUUGCAGAGCUAACUGCUAUUGUCUUCCUCCAUACGUGCAAUUUACUGAUAAAUGCACCGAAUACGGUGAAUGUGUUUAUCAACAAGGUCAACCGCUCGACUUCUUCACUGCUGAACUAACUUGCCAGAAUUACAACGCAACGAUGAUUGAUGUGCUCAGCGCCGAGAAAGAUCUCUUCAUCAGAAGUAACUCUUUCGGCAUCGAGUUCGAUUCUGCAACUAACGUUUCAUAUGAGCAUCAUUACAAAUAUCCUUCGUUUACUAAAUAA